AUCAAAGGUAGACUUGUGUCUCAUAAACAGUGGAGUAAUAAUUGAAGCAUAACAGCAAUUGGAUCUUGUGACUGCUGUAUCCGUAACGAACACAGUUUCCCUGCUUGUCAGAACUUUCUUCAUCAGCUGGCACGCGCUUUCACUCGCGACUGACCUACUUUUGCAGCACAUAAAAAAACAGAGCGUUUGAUAAGUGACUUGCUAUAUGUUGGACGGACUUUUUUCACACCGUGUGAAACACCUGUGCAGGUACCUGGACUACAGCGGCGAGAGAGGUGCUGGCAAUGGCUGCAGCCGUGGAGUUCGGUCCGGUGUCUCGGGGGGCCCGGGCCUUGUUUUAUAUGCUCACACCGAAUGAAUCAUCUUUUGAAAAGGUGGAAGAAGUCCCUCAGUAUGUUCAGCAGGCUACUCCAUUUUUUGCUGGACUGAUGGUCCUGGAGCUAGUGGUGGGCAUUAUGAAGACGGGAAGCCCGGUGGUCACUAUCAGUGAUGGAAUCACCUCCUUAUCUGCAGGAAUGAUCUCCAGACUGCCAUUGUUGCUGAUGAGAGGCUGUGAGCUGACGGCUUACGUUUAUGUGUGGGACCACUUCCGGAUGGUGGAGCUGCCCUGGAACUCUGCCUGGACCUGGUGGCUCAGCCUCAUAGGAGUGGACUUCUGCUACUACUGGGUCCAUCGUUUUGCUCAUGAGGUGGCCAUCCUUUGGGCUGCUCACCAGGUUCAUCACAGUUCAGAGUAUUACAACCUCACCACGGCCCUCAGACAGUCCCUCACGCAGCAGUUUGCCUCAUGGGUUUUUUACCUCCCCAUGGCUCUGGCUGUACCUCCAUCCAUCUUUGCUGUUCACAUACAGUUAAAUCUGCUCUACCAGUUCUGGAUCCACACUGAGUUGAUCAGAGACCUUGGACCUCUGGAGUGGGUCUUUAACACGCCCAAACAUCACAGGGUUCAUCAUGGGAGGAACCUUUACUGCAUUGACAAGAACUACGGUGGAAUGCUGAUCAUUUGGGAUCGAUUAUUUGGUACGUUUGCUUCAGAGACAGAUAAAGUCAUAUAUGGCCUGGUGUUCCCUAUCAAGACAUUUGAGAUCCUUAAUGUUCAGCUGCAUUAUUACAAAUAUUUGUGGAAAAAGUCCAACUUUUACAAAAAAAUCAACAACAAGUUGGCGACUUUCCUCAACGGCCCAAGUUGGAAACCUGGUAAACCUCGGCUGGGUGACCACCUCGGCAAUCCCAAGGUUACUGGAAAGGAAGUGCCUCAUGAUCCCAGCUGGUCACUGCCAUUGCAAGUUUAUGUGGUCAUACAUUUCCUGCUGGUGCUGUGGACUUAUCAUGAGCUCUUUGAAAACAAAAUGAUGCUCUCUCAGCUAACAGUUCUGGGCAUGACCAGCUACGUUCUGCUUACUCUCACCUCCCUGGGCUUCAUCAUCGACCAAAGGCCAACAGCAGCCUUCUUGGAGAUGCUACGCUGUGUCGUCAUGGUGAUGAUGCAGAGGUACGACUGCAUGACAAUGCCCCUGCCUUCCCUUGCUGUUCCUACAAAGGCCUUUGUCUCCCUCUCUCUGCUGUUCUGGGCUCUGCAGAGCGUCUCUCAGCUGCUCAGCAUCAAGAGGAAAACCGACUGAGUCAACAGAAGAAAAGGCAGCGAGAUGAACGACGAAUGUCAACUCAGAAGCGAAAGAAAGAAAAAACAGUUACAGUUCCUCCUUGAAAUAUCUGCUUAUGAGCAUCUGUUUAGUUAAAGGUUAUAACUAAGACUUUAUUAUGUAAAGGAGCCAUUAACACUCACAUCAUGAGUAAAUGAUUAUCAAAUGAUAAAUUCAUUCAGUUAAUUUGUUUUCUCUUUUUCUAUAAAGGUCUUUUAUUGCUUUUGUUUAAAACGUCACUGCUGUCCAUGGUGCUGUAGCAUUAACUGAAGUAGUCAUUCCUCAUUAAGUCUUUCAUUUCAUAUAAGCCAUGAGGGAACCUCAUACUUCUUCUACUACAAGUGCUAGUCAUAAUGAUGCUUGUUGAUUUUGAUUUGUAAUAUUAAACAACACUGUACAGUC